AUGGAGCAGCUGCUCCAAGCGAUUGACACAAAAGAGAAGCCUUAUAAAUGUUUGGAAUGUGGAAAAUGUUUUAAAACAAGCAGGGAACUUACUUUCCAUGAAAGGAUCCACACAGGCGAGAAGAUGUAUAAAUGCAUGGAGUGUGGAAAGACCUUUGCUUGGAGCAGUGGUCUUAGAAGCCACAAAAAGAUCCACACAGGGGAGAAACCGUAUAAAUGCAUGGAGUGUGGAAAGACAUUUACUCAUGGUAGUGGACUUAGAAGCCACAACAAGAUCCACACAGGGGAGAAACCAUAUAAAUGCACGGAGUGUGGAAAGACCUUUGCUCAAAUAGGUAAUCUUAUUUCCCAUAAGAUGAUCCACUCAGGGGAGAAGCCAUUUAAAUGCAUGGAUUGUGGAAAGACCUUUGCUCAAAGAUGUCAUCUUAUUUCCCAUAAGAUGAUCCACACUGGGGACCAGCCGUAUAAAUGCAUGGAUUGUGGAAAGUCCUUUGCUCAUAGAUAUAAACUUACUUCCCAUAAGAUGAUCCACACAGGGGAGAAACCAUAUAAAUGCAGGGAGUGUGGAAAGACCUUUGCUCAGAGAGUUCAUCUUAUUUCUCAUAAGAUGAUCCACUCAGGAGAGAAACCAUAUAAAUGCAUGGAGUGUGAAAAGACGUUUACUCGUGGCAGUGAUCUUAAAAGGCACAAAAAGAUCCACACAGGAGAGAAAUCAUUUAAAUGCAUGGGAUCUGGAAAGACCUUUGCUCAUAGAUGA